UGUGCGAUGGAAGAGGCGAGACGUCAAUGAUUAUGGCAAUGGGUUCCUUGGUGCUUAUGUAUUUCCAGAUUGCACCGAGGGACUUUUGGGAUGACGUUAGAGAGAAUACGCGAUAAUGAAUAUUGAAAAAACUGAUUAAGAUGGCUGCUUUCAGAAAAGCGAUUGACUGCUUCAUCAACAAAUUAAAAAGGCCAAUCUCACCCGCUCAGACUGUAUCCAAGGACAACACUUCUGAUAAAGUUGAACUCGGAGGCCGGCAGAAGAACUUUAAUAACGUGUUCGAAGUCAAAAAUAGAGGAAUAGAAAGUCCUUUAUUCAAAGCGGCAAGACAAAAUGAUGUUGAAACCUUGAAGAAUUUAAUAGAGGACAAACAUGUAGACCCUUAUGAAAGAGGUACUGUUGGAGAGACUGUGCUGCAUGUUGCAGCAUUGUAUAAUAGUAAGGAAGCUGCAACUAUAUUGCUCAAUGCCUUCCCAUUCUUAAUCGAUGAGCCGAUUGAUUGUGAGAUGUACAAGGGUGAAACCGCAUUGCACAUUGCAGUGGUGAAUCAGAAUGUGGAACUUAUUAAGGAACUGCUGGCACUAAAUGCAGAUAUAAAACAUUCUCGUGCUGUGGGAACAUUUUUCACACCAGGAAAAGACUGUCGAUGUUAUUAUGGAGAAUAUGUUUUAUCAUUUGCAGCCUGCAUUGGAAACGAACAGAUAGUUAAAAUGAUUGUGGCACAUGGGGCACCUUUAAAUGCACAAGAUAAACAAGGUAACACAGUUUUUCACAUGCUUGUGCUGCACCCGAAUAAGAGUAUGGCCUGCAGAAUGUACAAUUUUAUUUCGUCGCUUAUUUCAAAGGAAAAAAUUGAAUACUUGGAGAGCAUCACCAACAAAGAUGGGCUGACUCCCAUGAAGUUGUCAGCAUUCGAAGGGGAUGUAGCAAUGUUUAGUCAUUUCAUGCAGAAGAGAAAGCAGAUUUAUUGGGCAUUUGGACCUGUAUCCUCCACCUUGUAUGACCUUACUGGAAUUGAUACCUGGGGUGAUGAACUCUCUGUCCUUGACAUCUUAUGCUCGAGCAAGAAGAAGGAGGCACGGAAGCUGCUAAAAAUCACUCCAGUUAAAGAAGUGCUGCAUCAUAAGUGGACUAAUUAUGGAUUCAAAUAUUUCCUAUUGUGGACUGCACUUUACUUUUUAUACACAAUCAUUUUUACUGUCUGCUGUGUGUAUCGUCCUCUUACUCCAGCAGGGCCUGAUGGGGACAACAUCACCAUUAUGGUUCCGAAACCAUUAAACGAAGCCUAUGUGUCAGCUGAAGAUUUUGCUCGCUUGGCAGGAGAAAUUCUGACAGUUGUGGGUGCUGUUCUGAUCCUAGUCACAGAGAUUCCACGCUUGAUUCACAUAGGACCUGCAAAGUAUUUUGGAAACACAGUAACUGGAGGGCCAUUCCACAUUACAAUGAUUGUUUAUGCUUGCUUUGUUUUAAUCACCAUGAUACUAAGAGUUUUGAACCACGAAUGGGAAACUGUUAUAAUGGCAUAUGCACUAAUUAGUGCCUGGUGUAAUGUUCUUUAUUUUGCACGUGGAUUCAAGUUACUUGGCCCCCUGUGUAUCAUGAUACAAAAGAUGAUCUUCGGUGAUCUUAUGAGGUUUUGUUACGUUUUGAUCAUUGUCAUUAUAGGAUUUGGUGCAGGUUUCGAUGUUCACUUUCAAGCCUUGGACCCAAAUACAUACUUGUACUUCAGGGAUUUUACCAUCACCAUUUUCACAUUGUUUCAGCUGAUGAUGGGUCUCACUGAACUUCCCGGCCCACCUGAAAUCAAAAUCCCUGACAUUAUCAUUGUCCUUUAUAUGGUGUACAUGUGUUUUGGUUUUGUUCUUCUCCUGAACCUUUUCAUCGCUUUGAUGGGAGAUACUCAUUAUCGAGUUGUCAGUGAACGAAAGUCACUUUGGAAAGCUCAGAUUGCUGCAACCACUCUGCUUCUUGAGAGGAGACUGCCAGCCUGGCUGUGGCCUAGAGCAGGAAUUCCAGGUGAUCUGUUGGGCCUCAGUGUGGAUAAGUGGUAUUUAAGGGUUGAAGAAAGAAGUGACUAUCAAAAGGCCAGGAAGAAGGCUGAAGAUGAGGAGAAAGAAAAUAUAACCCACCCAAGGAAGAACAGGAGUGCUUAUCGUUGGAACAUCAUCCAUAAAAACAUAUCGAAAAGUAUUAAAAAGAACGAUGUUCCAAGUGAUAUGACUACUCUGUAAAUUUUCAUCAUUAACUCUAGAGACAUUGGUUUGUAAGAACACAAUUGUUUUUAUGAACGUAAUGAACCCUGACACAAUCCAUUUCUUCCAAGACCAAUAUCUGCUUAGAAAGUGCACUGAUCAUCUUCAGGUGUAACAUACUCAUAUCAAGGAAGCAUUUAAAAUUUAACUGGAGUUGAAUUUCAAUAGAUCAAUUAAAAUUCUACAUGUUUUCGAAUGUGGUAAAACCUUUGUUACGGCUUGUUAUAAGUUAGGAUCAUUUGUAUAAUUGAGAUUGGAUAGUUGCUUUAAUAGGCACGAGAAUCAGUACUCACAAAUGUAACUAGAAAAUCUUCUGACAUUUGCAAAGGUAUUGCAAAGUGGGUCUUAAUAUUUAUUGAUUGCAGUAGAAAUAUUUCAAAGAAAUACAACUACAAUAAUACCAGAGUAAGUCAAAUUUAAAACAGGGCUAAGUGGGUGUUUUAUGUGCAUCUACAAAUUAAAGCACAUAUUUUGUAACAGUUUUUAGAUGGAAUCUUUAAACUAUAACAAAAUUACUUGCAGUAUGAAGUUACUAUCACAGCUUGUAAAUGAUUUGUGAAAUAUAAUACAGGAUGUUACUGCACACAAUAAGAAUAGAGGUUUUUUAUAUAAAGUGUAAGUAAGUGAAAUUAUACAGUAUUUUAAAAUAAGGUACAGAAUGCUACCGUAGUGGAAGGGUAUCACUGCUGCUAACUGUUGUAACAUUAUGUACCACAAUAAACAAGAUUCUACUGAAAGAAUGAAAAAACAUUCGGUGACUCUUAUCAGCAACUAGUUCCUGAAAAUUGAAAUCGAAAACAAAGCUGUAAAUUAAAAUGUCAUUUCCAUCUGUUUGAAUACAGUAAACAAAAGUAAGAUUCAAAUACAAAAUUAUUUUGUUUCAUUGCAAAUGCUAAAAUGUCUUAAGUCUGAUUAAGCCUAUAGCAAAUGGACAAAUUUAGGUAGGUUCUGACAAAUCUAAUUACACUGCAAUUGGAACUGCAAUUAGGCUGAUUUUCUGAACAGUUUUUUGGCCAUGGUUUGAAACAUCGAUUGAGAUGCAAGGAUUUAAGAAUAUUAAUUUCAAAACAAUUAAACUUAAUCCAAAUUAUUUUUCUAAGGUCUUGGUUAUUAAUUUCAUCAUGUACCAUUUGCAGUAUCAUUUCUUCCUGCUGGUGAACUGGGAGAUGGCCCUGAAGGUAAAAGCUUAGCAACUAGAUUGGAUUCCAUUUCAGUGAAAUAUAUUAUCAUUGUGUUUGGUAAAAGUGUUCACUUGUUUCUCUUUUUGAAAAAAAACACUGCAAAAUUGCUCAAAAUAGAGGCCUGGAAGAGGGAAAAAGUGUUUUCAUUCAGAAAGGAGUCUCAGGCAGGAUCUUAUGGUCUGUCUUGGAGAUUGAUGUUGUAGGCUCUACAAGCUUGCCUUCAUUAGAAGGACCCUUUUCCCAAUGUACAUACUGUUUUAUUUCCUAAUGUCUAUUAUUUGUAUCAACAGAGUCGGGAAUACACUUGCCAUUGUUUCCCAAGCAGAAAAGUGCCCAGUAAUAUCCAAUAUACAAUAAUUACUGACCAUCUCUAAAUAUCUGUAGCAGCUAAAGUUGGCCCACUAUAGGCAAGCAUGUCCCAAGGCACAUUUUUAAUAUUAUGGUUGCCAUGUGAAUGUAAUGGAUGUUAAUCUUGACUGGAAUUAAAUGUGAUUAUUUUCUGCUCUGUCCCUCAGGUCAGAAAGUUAUGUAGGGACAUGUCACUGACGGUCAGUUACCCAGUGAUUGCUUAUGACCCUUGCUGAUAUGUUGAAUCUAAUUCUACAAUUUUCCUCUUUCGUUCUGCUCUUACAAUAGAUUUUAUUUUUCCAGUCUUACGAAGGAAUGCAAUUGUUACAGAGAAACAUGGGGGAAGGCACUCAUAUGGAACAUCUUCAGAUCUCUUUCUCUUACCCCACCCCACUUCAUGUGAAACCAACAGUAUGCAGAAGAUUGAAAAUGUAUGGGAUAAGCUGAGAUACAUUUACUAGAAAGUAAUGGCUGAACAGGGAACAAGGGCAUUAGGCAGAUCACAUUGAAAUAGUGUGAGCUGAUUGAAAUUGUUUAUUGCUAACCAACAAUGUUUCCCUGGAAUGACUGGUACAAUGGCUUUAUUUCUGUACAUUUUAAAUUUUAAUAGAAAUGGGUGA